UUCAGUUUAAAUCCGAACCCUUGUGCUGAGUGUUCAUCUCCGAGUAGCAGGCAUAGACAAUCGCAGACAAUCGAGCAAAUUCCAGAAAAAAACGAUAGGCAUUAAAUGCCAAAUCCAUCGUGCAAAACUAACCAUUCCAAUUGGCCUAAUCUGAUUCAUAGUUGAAAUUGUGCUAAAAAGAAAAACCAAAGACACUGGGACCCAUUUCGAUCUGAACGAAAUACCCCCUAUCCCAAAAACUUUUUCCGAACUUUGAGUUUUGCCUUUGAAUGCUGCCGCAGCAGUGCGAAAAAAUCAUCAACCUCGAUCAGCAUUUCACCGAGUGCUGGAAUACAAGCCCAUUGCGAAACUUUGACUUCAUCAUCUCCCUACUGAGCGUUAUUUCCCUGAGUGUUGUUAAGAUGGCCGCCAUUCCACAAGGUGCAUUCGCAGCCUGCAAGAUCCGCGAGCAAUUCAACGAACGGGAGCUGAUCAUCGCCCGAAUGAGGUCCGCUGCCGCAGAUAAGGGUUCCGUUGACAACGGGAACGCAGCAACCCAGCGCGAGUACUCGCCCAACAAGUACAACGACAAGCUGAUGAACUCCAUCUGGGGAUUGUACAAUCGCUAUUCCCCCCACAAUGUGAAGAAGAACGAGUACGCUCCCACCAAGUGAAGACCUAAAGGGGGGCCACGUUGGCUUCCAGCUGACGUGCCCCAAACACGACUAACAUCCCCACCAGGAUGUUGGUCAAAAGCACUUAUUUUUAUAUAUAUAUAUAUACUCACAACUAUAAUCUCAAGCAUAUAUCGAUUUAAACACACAUCACUUUGGUAACAAAUAUCUAUUUAAUGCUGUAAUGUUUUGUAAAAUUCAAUAAAUACUUAUGAUAUUGUAUGUAAA